AUCUUGUUUCUUAUCUCACAAGGAAAUACAGAUUGUAUAUUGCUAGACUUCACAUUGGUUUACUGAAAUGUUUCAGAGGUGUUUGGUAGGGCUUUUGACUUUCGCAUUAAUUUUUAAUUGCAAUGUAUGUUCAGCAGUGGAGUGCAAUUUUGAUGGAACACGAACAGUAAAACAUUUUAACGAAACUCGAUUUCUUGGGACAUGGCAUGAACUUGAAAGGACGACAUUUCAAUGGGGAGAUAAUACAUGGCACUCACAAGUAUGGUCAUUGAAGCGAGGAGGUGAUGGACAUCUAUAUUUAGCGUACACUGGAUACUCACCCCAGACACAGUCAUGCUCCAGCCCCCAGACUGGGAUGUUGAGCGGUACUGGAUCCUCGUACAUUAUGACGGCUGAAGGAAGAUAUGAGGCUGCCUUAAGAGUAGGCUACACUGAUUACGAGAACCUUGCCCUGGUAUACAUGUGUUAUGCCCGUGAGGUUAGUGGCAUGUGUGACAGAAUCAGUUUGCAUGUAUCCCUCCUUUCCCGAACACCCGUUUUAUCCACAUCUCAAAGGGCUGUUCUGGUGAGUCAUAUGGAUAUGGAUUGCAUUGAGGAUAGCCACCUUAACCAAGCCAUGACAGGUCGCUGUAAAGUACCUGUACCAACAAUUCCCGUCGGAAAAUAGUCAGAAUACCGAACCAGCAAACAUCAGAGAAGAUGAUUUAAAAUGUUCAUGUUUUCAUUGUACAUCCAGCAUUUAAAUACAUUCUGCAGGCAUA